ACUUGAAUCCCCAAAACCACCCCAAAGCCUUCUACUUGUUGUGAUGACACAAAAGGUGAUUGCACGUGGUAUGAUGCACGUGAUGAAUCACUCAAGUCCAGAAAAGAGGCUUCUUCAGCAUUCUACACCAAUCCACCCAUGCUACACUAUCUCUCUCAUCGUCCUCCGUUACGGACGUCAUUUCAGCCCACCAGGUCCAUCUUUAGGUCCAUAUCAUCCAAAUCCCCUAAAGACCCAGAAGAUUUGCCACCAGUGACGCCCAAAAAAAGGGUCCCAGUAUACCCCAAGAACAAGCAUGCCAAAGCACAAGAAAGCACUUCUGCAUCAAGUAUGACCACCAAACAUCGUCUGAAAGCCGAAGACAAGACGAAACUUCUUAGAUCUAAGAGAGCAUUAAAGAGAGAUGCCACCACAGGAACUUCUUUGGCUAAGGAUAUCACAAGGACUACAUCAACAAUCACCCCUGAUCCAAACACAUACAUUCCCUUCUCCAAGUUCCCCAAAGUUCCUGAGUCAAUCCUCUCUCAAAGCCUGGAGGAUUUGUACUCCAGCAUGAACUUGAAGUACAAUCCAGAUGCAGAACAACAACCAAGAUACGUGGAUUUCGCUAUUCCAGAUAAGUUUAUCAAGCCCAAGACAAAGGAUCUCAUCACCGAAAAGGAUCGCGCCCUCGUAAGUGAGCUCGACAAGUUCUCGAAGUCCGAGGAGGAUGAAGAGGCCAACCAGACGCAAUUGAAACUUAUUAAACUCUACUAUGAUCAAGAUACCAACACCCUUCAACCAAUGCCUGAACACGCACUCAAGAAGUCCCUUCUGGGAAUGAUAAACAUGAAUAACACCUUGAAUGAUAUCGAAGACGACUACUUGUGGGAGCUUUUUCCUAGAGAUAAGUUGUUUGGCAUCCCACCAUUCGAGACCUCGAACGGUGGUAUCAACGGCUUCAAAAAGUGGGAAAAAGACAUGCUUGAAAAGGAAAAGAAGGAGCAAGACCUAAAAGAUGAGGAUAUCAGACAGUACAAGGAUUUCGAGCAAUCUUUAUCCGAUACCAAGUCCUUCUACAAAAAAGUUGCUGGGGGUACCAGAAAGAAGGUUGACCGCAAGUUAGUAAAAAGAUACAAGAAGUUGAAGGAAGAGGGCAAAAUUCCAAAUGACAACAAGGAAGUGGUUCAAACCAUAAGUAUUAAUGAUAUUUUUGAUGGGUUUUCUUAGGGAUUAAUGAGUUUUGACGUUUUUUUUAUUGGCAUUUAUGACAAGACCUUUUGCAUCGGUAACUGUCGAAUUCGGAAGUAAGUCAUCACGGAUGGUCAAUGAACUACAGGUCGAUCCAUAAUUGUAUAUAGUUGGUCAUGCUCAAUAAAAAUAGACUUAAAGGAAAAUUUCCUUGAUUGUAUAUGUCAAGCUAUGGAAUCUAAUAGUUGGCUGUUCAGGAUGAGAUUUUAGCAAUUGUUCUCAAUAUUAUGUAGAAUUCUCAUGUCGAUGCAGUUUAAUAG